AUGGAGCACACCAAAUACGAUGCCGAGAAGGAAGUCAAACGCAACCCCCACCCCGACUUCAAGAAAGUCGAAGCCUCGCGUCCAGACUGGCCAGAAGAGAACAAAUGGCACUAUACCAAGAUUCGCAACCCAGACUGGAAGCUCGGCGACGGCGCAAACGACGGCGGUGAAUGUCUAAUGAAGGAACACGUCGAAAUUGAUCCUUACGCCGAGGGUCGUCCCGCCGUAUUCAACUACAAGCUCUUGAUCUCGGCCAUCAUCCCAAGACCUGUGGGUUUCGUGUCGACAAGAAGCAAAGAUGGAAGCAGUACCAAUUUGGCGCCUUUCUCAUACACACAACUGGUCAACCACGACCCGCCUGUUUUCGUCAUUGGAUAUGCGGGUGGCAUGAGUCAAGCAAAGGACUCGUUGAAGAACUUGACAGAGACUGGCGAGUGUGUUCUCAACAUCAUCUCUGAGCACUUCAUCGAGGCCGCCAACAGCACUUCUAUCAAUGCUCCCUAUGGUGUCUCUGAAUGGGCAUUGAGUGGCUUGACCCCCGCACCUUGCACUCAAGUCAAGGCCAGUCGUGUCAAAGAGGCCAUCUUCGCUGCAGAGUGCAAGUUGAUGAACACGCAAGAAUUUGAGAGCAGAGCCACUCCUGGCAAGAAGACUGGUGUGCUUGCUAUUGUCGAGGGUGUCAGAUUCUGGGCUCGCGAGGACGCAAUCAACGACGACCAGAACUUGAUUGAUCCUGCCGUACUCAAGCCCAUUGCCAGACUUGGUGGUAUCACUUACUCACGUAUCACAGAGGGCUUUGAGGUCCCUCGUCCGGAUUGGAACGAGAACAAGGAUUCGGUUGACAAGCUCGCAAAGCCAAAGGUUGAUGGUCAAUAA